GCAAGUCAAGUCUGCCAACGGGUCAAACUCCCUAGGUUCCUUUCUCGUCGCUCUCCAUCCCUUCGCGAAUCCUCACCUGCUCCUACCCUGCCGUGCUGUGGUGAUCUGUUGGAGAGCUGCGGUCUGUAUCGUCUGUCUGUCGUGAUCCCCGUUCCUAUUCCAUUCCCCUGUACGACACCAUGGCUGCCAUCAACGCCCUCGUGUCCACCGCUGCACAACGACACCACCAGCUCAUCAAGCGAAGCAAUUGGGCCAGCAGAAACCCCGGCGUGGUUCUGGUCUUCUGUAUCGUCUUCCUUGUCGCCGUCGGAAUCAUCGCCCUGUUAAUCUACCGCCGAUGGCUGAAACGGAAAGCAGAGAAGCAAUCCUAUGAUGUCGCGUGAAGCCUCCUCGAUCCGACCGUGGCGUCACCAAUGGUUUGAGCGAUGGAGGACCGUGACUACAGUACCUUUCUUCCAAGGCCGUUCUUUCUACUAUAUCAUUUCUCUAAUUUCUAUUACUGCUGUUUGAGUUAUCCACCAAGGAUACCCGCUCUGUUGUGUUGGUGGUUAGUCAGGGGUUAGUUGAGGCUGUGUCGUCGAGUGAUGGAUUCAUGGAGGGGAGGGUUGAAUGGAGGAGUGAUUAGAUGGGCGAUGACGAGCAAGCGACUUUUCUUCUAUUUUAUGCGGGCAGAAGAAUGAUCUAAAGUAUACGGAGUACGCGUCAAGGAGAUAUACGAUCUAACUAAUGGAUGAAACGUGAUC